AUGGUUAGGGACGAUGAGCAGGUUGACUCUAUGGAGAUUGACGAAAAGAAGCAGCAACAGCUAGAAGCCCCCACUGCGGUGCCAGAAGGGUUCAACACUGACUAUCUCCGUGUCUACUACGGAAAGCUCUUCCCAUAUGGUGAUUUCUUCAAAUGGCUUUGUUAUGGAAAUGAUGGAAAGCACCCUGGAUGUGAUCAGUCAUAUGUUGGCCGUCGAGAGUUUUCAUUUACACUGGAGAAUGACAUCUACUUGCGCUUCCAAUCCUUUGAUAGUGCUACUGAAUUGGAGAGUUCUAUCAAGGAGAAGUGCCCAUUCAAGAUUGAUAUUGGACCUGUCUACAGCGUAGAUCCUUCAAAGCGUCAUGCUUACGCCCAAUCUGGCAAUAAUGUCUUUGUACCAGUGGAGAGAGAACUAAUUUUUGACAUUGAUAUAUCUGAUUAUGAUGAUGUUCGCUACUGCUGCUCUGGAGCUGAUGUCUGCUUAGACUGCUGGCCCUUAAUGACAAUUGCUAUCAAAAUUUUGAAUACUUCUCUUAGAGAUGAUUUUGGUUUCAGUCACAUACUAUGGGUAUACAGUGGCCGUCGUGGUGUCCACUGCUGGGUCUGUGAUAGCAGAGCAAGAAAGCUCAGCAAUGAACAAAGGGCUGCAAUUGCUGACUACUUUCGAGUCUACAAGGGUGGUGAAAAUGCACUGAAGAAAGUAUCGUUGGCUGGACCUGUCCUCCAUCCCUUCCUUGCCCAGUCAUACAUGGAUGUUCUCAAAACCUUCUUUGAAGAUAGGUUGCUCCUUAGCCAACAACUCUUUUCAUCAGAGGAGAGAUGUCAGAAGAUCCUUGAUCUCAUCCUGAUGAAAGGGCUUCGUAGAUGUGUGGAAGAGAUUGUCUUCUCGUACACAUAUCCUAGACUUGACAUGGAGGUAUCAAAGCACAUGAAUCAUUUACUAAAAGCUCCCUUUUGUAUACAUCCAAAGACAGGUCGUGUUUGUGUUCCAAUUGAUCCCAGUAACUGUGAUGAUUUUGAUCCUGCAGCUGUUCCGACUCUAUCACAGCUUUUAGGAGAGCUCAAUGCUACUGGUUUUCAGUCAGAUUCUGACAAUAGUUUGGAAAGAACAUCCCUUGGGAAAUCCAUCAGUUUUUUCAGAACUUCCUUUCUGCACCCAUUGCUGAAAGCAUGCAAGGAGGAACUGGAAAGUGCAUAUAAUGCAAAGCUUCAACAGUCCAAGAAUUCCUUGAACUGGUAA